CUCUUUGUCAUUGGGUGAUCUUCAGACAGACACUGAUUCAUCUAAAAGAGGAAGGACAUAACAUAGAUUUUCUUCAACGGACUUUGCUACUGUUGAACUGAAGAACAACUUCAAAAAAGCACCGACUUUACUUAGAUCCAGUUCACUUUCUCCCUCUCUUCGAAAUCCAUCUCUCUCAUGAUCUCUCCUCCGCCAUUGUUUCUCUUCUGAUUUGAUUCAUCCAACCGGCCAGUCACAGAUGGAAAACACUACAGCCACUGAAAGAGGAGAUGAACUGCUCCCUCUAAUUUGAACCAUUAACAAUGGGCUAGCUUGAUAUUCUUGUGAAACUUUUCAUGAAGAAGUAUGCAGUGGAGUUGCCAUUGAGUCACAGAGAAAUUGAGCUGCAACAGGAGCAUGUACUUUCAGAGCUUGAUAGUUGGCUUAGUCAGAUAGCUGGCUGAUAAUAAGAGGAUCUGAUCCUUCUACAUUUUCAAGGCUGAUAAUAAGAGGAUCUGAUCCUUCUACAUUUUCAUCUCCAUUAUAUUUAUCAUCUUUCUGAAGACGUCAACUAUUUUUGUUAGAUAUAGUUGGCUCAAUCAGAUAGCUAGCUUUAAAAAAUCUUCUUAAGAGAUUUGUUCACUGUUCGCAUAAUAAUUUCAGGCUGGAGGGCCUGAUUCCUUAAAGCUCAAUCAGAAUGUAUAUGAUAAUCCUAUAUUUUAAUGCAUCUUUAUAAUCAACAGAAUGAAGAGAUGGUCUGGUGGUGUUCUUAUUGCAUCCUUGUUUAUGCUGCUUAUCCUACGAUAUGGUCUCAUGAAAAAUUCUAUUGGAGAAAGUUAUUUGAUGAAUGCUUUCUCCAAUGCAACUAAUCCUCUUGAAUGGGUGCAAGCUACGCUUCCACCAGCAUAUAAAAAUACAGAGAAUUCUACUCAAGUGAUUUCUACUGAUGCCAUAGUAUUCAGUUUGUUUGCUCAGAGGAAUAUUUCCAAUGAAGAACAAGAAUCUUUGCACACAUGGAAUCUACUGAAACACUUGAUUGAUCAAGCUCAAGCUUUACCCAAUGGAGUGGAGGCUAUCAAGGAAGCUGGGAGUGCAUGGAAUAGCCUUAUGGCUUCAAUCGAAGAGGAAAGACAUGGUUAUACAAAUGAAAGUUUAAUUAGGAAAGCAAAAGAGAAACAAUGUCCUCAUUUUCUUAACAAAGUGAAUGCCACAGUGCUUGAGAGUAGUGGUUUUAAGUUGCGGCUUCCUUGUGGCCUGACUCAGGGUUCAUCCAUAACAAUUAUAGGCAUUCCAAAUGGUCUUCUUGGCAAUUUUCGGAUCGACUUAACAGGGGAAGCACUUCCUGGGGAGCCUGAUCCACCCAUCAUUUUACAUUACAAUGUUAGGCUUUAUGGUGAUAAGAUAACUGAGGAUCCAGUUAUAGUUCAAAACACCUGGACUGUAGCUCAUGAUUGGGGUGAGGAGGAGCGUUGCCCAUCUCCUAAUCCUGAAAAGAAUAAGAAAGUGGAUGAGUUGGAUCAAUGUAACAAGGUAGUGGGUAGAAAUGAUACUCUGGUGACUGGCACACAUUCAGAAGGUUCAAAGAGGUCUUCAAUGGUUCAGGAGGGAUCUAAAAGAAGAAUAUUCUUUCCCUUCAAGCAAGGUCAUUUAUCUGUUGCAACAAUUAGAGUAGGAUCAGAGGGAAUCCAGAUGACAGUUGAUGGAAAGCACAUAACAUCUUUUGCAUAUCGUGAAACCUUGGAACCAUGGCUGGUUAGUGAAGUUAGGAUAUCUGGAGACUUGAACCUAAUUUCUGUCGUGGCUAGUGGUUUGCCUACAUCGGAGGAUUCAGAACAUACAAUUGAUCUAGCAGCACUCAAAUCGGCUCCUCUCUCUACCAAAAAAUUUCCUCAUCUCUUUAUUGGUGUUUUCUCCACAGCUAACAACUUUAAACGCAGGAUGGCUGUUCGAAAAACUUGGAUGCAGUAUGCUGCAGUUCGGUCAGGAACUGUAGCAGUGCGCUUUUUUGUUGGUUUGCAUAAAAAUCAGUUAGUUAAUGAGGAACUUUGGAAUGAAGCACGAACAUAUGGAGACAUACAGAUUAUGCCUUUUGUUGACUAUUACAACCUCAUCACAUGGAAAACUUUAGCCAUCUGCAUCUUUGGGACACAGGUUGCAUCAGCAAAUUAUGUCAUGAAGACAGAUGAUGAUGCAUUUGUUCGAGUAGAUGAGGUGCUAGAUUCUUUAAAGAGGAUCAAAGUGAGAAAUGGCUUGCUUUAUGGACUCAUCAACUCAGACUCCCACCCUCAUCGGAGUCCCGAUAGCAAAUGGUAUAUUAGCCUUGAGGAAUGGCCUGAAGAGAGAUACCCCCCUUGGGCACAUGGUCCUGGCUAUGUGGUGUCCCGAGACAUAGCAAAGGAAGUUUACAGGAGACAUAAAGAAGGUCAUUUGAAGAUUUUUAAGCUAGAAGAUGUGGCAAUGGGCAUCUGGAUAAACCAGAUGAAAAAGGAUGGUUUAAAAGUUAGGUAUGAGAACAAUGAAAGGAUCUAUAAUGAAGGGUGCAAGGAUGGUUAUCUUGUUGCCCACUACCAAGGUCCGAGUGAGAUGCUUUGUCUAUGGCAGAAACUUCAAGAAGGAAAUGGUGCUAGAUGUUGUGGUGAUCGAUAAGCAUACAUAACUAUAUCGUUCAGGUUAGAGUUUCAUGCCUCAGUAAAACCUCAUGCUUAAAGAGACUAAUCUUCUUAACCAGUUUUUGAGAUUUUCCUGACCAGAAUUGAGCAUAUGCAUGGAGAGAGGGAAUAGUAGCCGAGCUUUUUAGUCACUAUAGUUUGUGUCACCAAUGUAUAAUUAUGGUUUACGAGCAAGGUCAUCACAUCUCAAUGACUUCCUUGGAUGUGCUGGGUAGUAGUAGAUGGUGCAUUGCAUUGUAUAGAAUUUUAUCUAAUGAUAGGCUAUGAUGGGAUCAAUUUUACCCUUGCCACUCAACAUGCGAUUUGUUCUAUCAUUUCAUCCCUUUAGUAAUUUCUGCUUGUUAUCCAA